UAUAACGUUCUCACAACACAACGAAUGUCAGACGCAUAAUAAAAGUCUAACAAUAAAGAACCGACAGGAGAGCGCAUACGAUUGUGUAGUAUUGUAAUCAACAAUUGUAAUUUCGUAUUCAAGUGCUUAAUAAACUAUUGUAAAUACUAAAUAAAAUGGCAAGCAAAGGCAAAGUGGGUAUUGUGGGCAGCGGUCUUAUCGGACGUUCAUGGUCCAUGCUCUUCGCCUCGGUGGGCUAUCAAGUAGUGCUCUACGACAGUGUGCCAACACAAAUCGAAAAUGCCUUACGUGAGACUGAAAAGGAACUGAAAAGCUUGGAAUCGAAGGGCUUACUGCGUGGCAAACUCAGUGCUAACCAACAAUGCGGCACAACUGAUAUUAAUGAGUUGGUGAAAGGUGCCAUCUUCAUACAGGAAUGCAUACCAGAACGUUUGGAAUGGAAAAAGGCACUCUAUCAACAGCUGGAUGCCGUUGUAGAUGACAAAACUAUACUCUCCAGCUCGACAAGUACCUUUUUGCCAUCACUCUUCUCCAAAGACUUGAAACACCAAUCGAACAUCAUCGUCUCUCAUCCCGUCAAUCCACCAUACUAUGUACCACUCGUGGAGGUGGUACCAGCACCAUGGACUAAGCCGGAGGUUGUGAAGAGAACACGCGCUAUUAUGGAAGAGAUUGGUCAGAAACCUGUGGUUUUGAGUCGUGAAAUCGAAGGUUUCGUACUCAAUCGCAUACAGUAUGCCAUUUUGAAUGAAACUUGGCGUUUAGGCCGAGUAAAAGAUGUGGAUAGUGUCAUGUCCGAUGGCUUGGGUAUGCGUUAUGCUUUCUUGGGACCACUCGAGACGGCACAUUUGAAUGCCGAGGGUAUGACAAAUUACUUUGAACGUUAUUCAAAUACCAUUUAUGCGGUAAGUGAAACUAUGGGACCCACACCCAAAAUGGAAGGUCCAACUGCAGUGGAAAUUGCGAAGCAAUUAGAGGCAAUGGUACCGUUAGAUAAGCUGCCAGAGCGACGAACAUAUCGUGAUAAUUGCUUAACACAGUUGAGUAUUCUGAAGAGGAAAUUGAAUGAAUAAACUGCAUGUGGAUGAGAGUUAAAUUGAAUUUAUAGCAGCGGUGUAAAAUUUGUUUGUUGACGAAACUACGUAUAUGUUUAUGUAAAUAUGUAUAUAUAUAUAAUAUAUACACACACCAUGUAAAUAUGCUGAAAUUGUAAAGUUAUGGACAUACAUACAUACAUAUGUAUGUGAGUUUAUAAAAAUUUGUUGUUAUUUUUCUUAUGUUUUACAAAAUAAAUAAUAAUAAUUUAAUA